UUUUUCCCCAGGAAAACAAGAUAAAAAAAAACAAAAACAACCCUACCUUUAGAAAACUCCCAAUUGGGCCCCACAAUUAAUGGGUUGUUAAGUAUUGUACUCCUAUUUAAACCCAAAUUCAUCCCAACCAAAAUCCCUCUUUUUCCUCUUUCUAUAUAAUUCCCCUCUUUGCUUAUUCAAUUCUUUCACAAAUUCUAGGUUAAACAUGGCAAUCUCUCAAACCCUCCAUCUUUUCUCCAAAACAACUCCCCCAAUUUGUUUCGUCUUCCUCUAAUACACCCAUUAAUUUUCCCCAUUUUUUUAACCCUCAAUUUUCGUAAUUUUUUUUUUCGAAUUAAAUUCUCCAGUCAAAGAAAGAUGGUUCACCUGCAUCUACCUCACAAGAAGCAGCAACACCAUAUUCCGAAGGGUUGUUUGGCGAUAAAAGUGGGGCUCACCGAAGAAGAACAGCAAAGAUUCGUGAUACCAAUUUCGCAUUUCAACCACCCUCUUUUUAUGAAGCUUCUUAAAGAAGCCGAAGAUGAGUACGGUUUUCAUCACAAAGGUACCAUCACUAUUCCUUGCCACGUGGAGGAGUUUCGUUACGUUCAAGCUUUGAUUGAUCAAGAGAAAUCCCUUCAUCAUCACCAUCAUCACCACCAUCAUAAUCAUAAUCAUCACCAUCAUAAUCCUAUUGUUGGUUGUUUUAGGGCUUGAUUGAUUUUAGUUUAGUUUUGAUCCAACGGUUGUAAUCUUUUCUUGUAAAUUCCGUCAACCUGGAUCCAUGGAUUAGUCGUUUUAUUUUUCAUUAGUCGUUUAAUUUUGGAGGGUUAAGGGGUUAAUUACUUCUUUUGUUUUAGGUUUGUUCUUGAAAUCAUGAUUAUGUUGCGACAUUAUUGUGAUAUCUAUCAAAUAUGAUGACGAUAUUUUUUCAAUAAAGGAUUUCUUUUUUGUUUUUUUUUU